AUGCAAAGCUAUCUCGCCUACCGCCGCUUCGCGCACCAUCCAGACAUCCUCGCAGCUCGUGACCGCGAACGCCGCCUCAAAUCCAACUCUAUUCCCCCCACUCCUCCUUCGCCCUCUCACUCAACCACAGACUCCUCACGGAUCUCAGCAGGACCGACGCGUGUCCCCUCUCGUGACUCAGAAAUUGCCGAUCCAGACGAAGACCUCGAGAGGCAGAGCAUCCCAGGUGCGGCCAGGGAACCGCUAGAGACGCCCCAGCAGGAGCAGGAGGACCCGUAUCUCGUUGCUUGGACUCAUGGAGACCCAGAGAACCCACACAACUGGUCAGACACUCGCCGGUGGCUCGUAACCUUCCUCGUCGGUCAAAUCGCGCUCCUUGGCGGAGCUGCGGCGUCCAUCGACCAAGCCGCCGCAACAGGGGCAGCCGAAGCCUUGAGAGUGUCGGUGGAGGUGCUCUCGCUCGAAACGGCGCUGUUCCUAGUGGGAUUCGGGAUUGCCAGUCCGUUCUUCGCCCCGCUGAGCGAGAUUGGUGGGCGGAAUCCGGUGUAUAUCGUCACACUCUUGAUCUUCGUCCUCUUCGAAGGCGGCAUCGCCCUCAGCAGUGACAUCCAAACCCGUGUCAUACUUCGCUUUUUCUCCGGUAUCGCGGGUUCCCCUGUGCUUUCCAAUGCCGGAGGGACGCUCUCGGACAUGUGGAACCCCCUUGAACGCACCUUCGCUUUUCCAUUCUUCGCAUGCUGCGGCUUCCUCGGCCCCGCUGUGGGCCCGGUCAUCGGUGGUUUUAUCGGCCAGUCCGCGCUUGGGUACAAGUGGUGCGACUGGAUAACCGCGAUAUGGGGGCUAGGGCUGCUGGUGGCGAUGGUUCUGUGGUUGCCGGAGACGUACUCACCUGCAUUACUGAAGAUGAAAGCCGCUCAAAUGCGGGCUGCGACCUCUAACCCCCUCUACCUCUCCCCCACCGAGCGGCACCGCCAGCACGUGUCCUUCUCUACCGAUUUCUGGGCGACGAUGGCGCGUCCGUUCAUCCUACCUGUCUUGGAACCGAUCGUCUUGUUCUUCUCGUUGUACAUGACGGUCGUUUACUGCGUGUUGUUUGGAAACUUCGAAGCGUACCCGUUGAUCUUCGAUCAGUAUGGCCUGAACGCGGGCCAGCUCGGCCUUACCUUCAUACCCAUCUCCGUCGGGCUUAUCAUCAUACUGGCCUUCACACCCUGGACGUACCGGCAGUAUAAGCGUCAAUGGGACUCUGCACUCAGCACUUUCGAGGCAGAGAAAGCCAAAGCGGAAAAGAAUGGUGAUAUCGGGGGAGUGAGAGAGGGGACGAAGGUCAAGUUCCACGCGCCCCCGCCGGAGACGAGGCUACAUUUGGCGAUGUGGGGGACGUGGUUGUUUCCUAUUAGCCUGUUCUGGUUUGCGUGGACAUGCUAUAAGGACAUAGGACCCUGGCCUGCCAUUGUGAGCGGAGCGACCUUCGGUGCCGGUAUUCUGUGCUGCUUCAUCUCGAGUUAUCAGUAUAUCAUUGAUGCAUACGAAUCAUAUGCGGCCUCUGCGCUGAGCUCGCUUACCCUUAUACGGUACGUCGCGUCGGGCGGGGCAGUAUUGUGGACGUCGCCUAUGUUCAAGAAACUCGGCAAUCACUGGGCACUGAGCCUCCUCGGCUUCCUCUCGAUACUCUUCUCCUUGGUUCCGUGGGGCUUCUACAUCUGGGGACCGAAGAUACGAAGCUGGAGUCGGUAUGCGAAACAUGAGAAGGUGAACUAGAUGUUAUGAGGAAGGGUAAGGGGCGGCCAUGGGAAGGUGGGAGACUGCAACAGUUAUAGACGAUAGAACCGAGACCGAUCGUAAUUGAUGACACUCAACGGUAG